AUGGUGUCCCAGACUGAGUGGACGUUUUAUCCCAACUUUGGUCAGCCCAGAACCUUCCAUGUUGGCAAACGCUGUUUGCUGGAGGGAGGUCACCAUUAUAGGACCAUACGGUGCUCUUCAGAGAGAACUCUGGAGGCCACCAUCGGGAGGAAAAAACAAGGUAUGUACAGCAAAUAUUCUGUAGUAGUGAAGACUCAUACGUUUUGCCAAAUUAUUAUUGAAACAUGAUUAUCCGAUGAAGGCUAUCGUGUUAAAGUUGAUAAGUAGUUUAUGAUUAUCUGCGGUUAUGUUUAGGCUAUCUGAUGUUAAAUUGGAAUGCAUGAUUUAGGUUAAUAGAAGAAUACAUUCUAGCUCUGCUAUGCUCGGUGUAAUCUCUUGUGGACAGACUAAGUAAACAUAAAAUUACACACAAUUUUAUUUCUGGGUUAACCAAGAUUAUGCUCAGUGUUAAAUGUAUCAUAAUCUCGGUUAACCUAGAUCUAAAAUCGUGCAUAAUUUGGUCAGAUGCUCGAUUACGUUUACGUAGUCUGUCCACGAGAGAAUAAAUGAAUCAUAAUGUAACCGCUUGUUCCUCCAUUCCAGUCAAGUUUACCUGCCAUUCUGCACCUGGUUCUAGACCCUAUCUAACACCUGAGUACAGUCCUGACUUUCACAAGUUUGGAUCAACAUUACCAACAACACAUUUUGGGUGAGGUUUUUGUUUUCCCUCAGCUGUGUUGAUAUUAAAUUGGAUUGAAAUACGAUAUAUACAGUAGGCUCCAGUGCAGUAGAUGCAGUGCAUUCAGAAAGUAUUCAGACCACUUGACUUUUUCCACAUUUUGUUUUGUUACAGGCUUAUUCUAAAAUGGAUUAAAUUAAAAUGUUCCUAAUCAAUCUACACGCAAUACCCCAUAAUGACAAAGCGAAAACAGGUUUUAAGAAAUUGUUGUAGAAAACAAAAAACGUAUUUACAUAAGUAUUCAGACCCUUUGCUAUGAGACUCAAAAUUGAGCUCAGGUGCAUCCUGUUUCCAUUGAUCAUCCUUGAUGUUUCUACAACUUGAUUGGAGUCCACAUGUGAUACAUUCCAUUGAUUGUACAUUAUUUGGAAAGGCACACACCUGUCCCACAGGUGACAGUGCAUGUCAGAGCAAAAACCAAGCCAUGAGGUCAAAGGAAUUGUCCGUAGAGCUCCGAGACAGGAUUGUGUCGAGGCACAGAUCUGGGGAAGGGUACCGAAAAAAUGUCUGCAUCAUUGAAGGUCCCCAAGAACACAGUGGCCUCCAUCAUUCUUAAAUGGAAGAAGUUUGGAACCACCAAGACUCUUCCUAGAGCUGGCCACCCGGCCAAACUGAGCAAUCGGGGGAGAAGGGCCUUGGUCAGGGAGGUGACCAAGAACCCGAUGGUCACUCUGACAGAGCUCAGAGUUCCUCUGUGGAGAUGGGAGAACCUUCCAGAAGGACAACCAUCUCUGCAGCACUCCACCAAUCAGGCCUUUAUGGUAGAGUGGCCAAACGAAGCCACUCCUCAGUAAAAGGCACAUGACAGCCCGCUUGGAGUUUGCCAAAAGACACCUGAAGGACUCUCCGACCAUGAGAAAAAAGAUUAUCUGGUCUGAUGAAACCAAGAUUGAACUCUUUGGACUGAAUGCCAAGUGUCAAUUCUGGAGGAAACCUGGCACCAUCCCUACGGUGAAGCAUGGUGGUGGCAGCAUCAUGCUGUGGGGAUGUUUUUCAGUGGCAGGGACUGGGAGACUAGUCAGGAUCGAAGGAAAGAUGAACGGAGCAAAGUACAGAGAGAUCCUUGAUGAAAACCUGCUCAGGACCUCAGACUGGGGUGAAGGUUCACCUUCCAACAGGAUAAUGACCCUAAGCACACAGCCAAGACAACGCAGGAGUGGCUUCGGGACAAGUCUCUGAAUGUCCUUGAGUGGCCCAGCCAGCGCCCGGACUUGAACCCGAUCGAACAUCUCUGAAGAGACUUGAAAAUAGCUGUGCAGCAACGCUCCUCAUCCAACCUGACAGAGCUUGAUAGGAUCUGCAGAGAAGAAUGGGAGAAACUCCCCAAAUACAGGUGUGCCAAGCUUGUAGCGUCAUACCCAAGAAGACUUGAGGCUGUAAUCGCUGCCAAAGGUGCUUCAACAAAGUACUGAGUACAGGGUCUGAAUACUUAUGUAAAUGUCAUAUUUCCAUUUUUCUUUUUUUAUACAUUUGAUAACAUUUCUAAAAAACGUUUUUCUUUGUCAUUAUGGGGUAUUGUGUGUAGAUUGAUGAGAAAAUAAAACAAUUUAAUACAUUUUAGAAUAAGGCUGUAACGUAACAAAAUGUGGAAAAAGUCUUAGGGGUCUGAAUACUUUCCGAAUGCACUAUACACAGUAGCUCUGUCUUCUUUUCAGACAUGAAGUACUACAGAUGGCUAACAGAUGGUGCUAUUGGUCUUUAAAUUGCCCAGUUUCAAAGAACAACCAGCAAGUGUACAACAAUUUAGCACAUAGUGGGCAUCCCAAUAAUCUCUCCUUUCUCCUGAAGUGUACAGUCGUUCACUACUUCCAACCAAUAUAAAAGCAGUAGGUUGGUGGAGUCAUGGGGCAGUGGCUGUUUCCACCAUAUUUCAGUGAUAUCCUUUCAAAUCAUUGAAGUGGAGCGGACAAGUGCACACUUUGGGAGGAAGGAGAGAUAAUUGAGACAACCACAGUUUCACAUUUGUGAAAAGAUGCGUAUCAGCAUGCUCAGUGAUGUGUGAUAGUGGUUUCAUACUCACAGUGAAAUUGUCCUCCUCUGUAGGUCACUGACCUUCAGUGCAGACACAUUUGUUCCUCUUCAGCCACCUCCAAAAAAGACAUGGUGAGACAUAAAACCAAUUAAGAUCACUUUUAAACUACUGCACUUCUGGAGACCUGGGGAAGUAGAAUUGUAUUUAACAAGUUAUAUUAUUUAUGCAUAUGUACAUGAUUGAUGCAAGGUUUAGAUGAAGAGGCAUUCCAGAUGUAUAGUAUGUUUUGCCAUUUAUUUGUGGCUGGUGUGUGUGAUGUCUUUCCACAGUAUUCCAUAUGUAGCGAGGAAGAGGAUGGAGGACAGGGAGGCAGACAUCCUGGAAGUGAAGAAGCUGAGUAAAUGGAGGCCUGCACCAGUCAUAUUCAAAACUGUGCUGGACAACUGA